GAGUGAAUGUCGAAUGAGUUAACUGGACUCGUUACAAUACACACGUCGUAGAAAAGGAAGAUACGGUUGUUCAGUUUUGUGUGGAGCAGAAGCACUGAUAAUACAGACGAACUGUUUUGUAGGUUGCAUUGACAGUGGCAAUGGCAAUGGCAACGGCGAUGGCCACCGGACUCCUCUCCUCUACUCAUUUCUCCCGCUCUAUCUUGUGCUCGUCUUCCACAGAAGGCACCAGCUUUAACUCUGCGAAGCUAAGAGAUGACUGGAGGCAAAAGUCCAGGCCAAUUCCUCCCGGCGGAACCUACCCAGCCAAGGACCAUUGCAGCCGCUGUGGUUUGUGUGAUACCUACUAUAUUGCACAUGUGAAAAAUGCGUGCGCCUUCUUGGGGGACGGCAUGUCUAAUAUUGAAGUUCUUGAGCCCAUCGUCCAUGGACGAGGUCGGAAAGCAGAUUCACUGGAUGAGACUUAUAUGGGAGUUUAUGAUAAUUUGUUUUAUGCUCGGAAAACCAAUCCUGUUGAGGGGGCCCAGUGGACUGGUAUAGUGACUACAAUUGCUAUGGAAAUGCUUAGAACUGGCAUGGUUGAAGCUGUUGUCUGUGUGCAAAGUGAUCCAGAAGAUAGAUUUACUCCCAAGCCUAUCUUGGCAAGAACACCAGAGGAAGUUCUUGCUGCUAAAGGAGUAAAGCCAACGCUAUCCCCCAAUCUGAAUACUUUAGCGCUGGUUGAGGCUGCUGGUGUGAAGCGUCUUCUUUUCUGUGGUGUUGGAUGCCAAGUACAAGCACUAAGAUCAGUGGAGCAUUACCUGAAUUUGGAAAAGCUUUAUGUUCUUGGAACUAAUUGCGUGGAUAAUGGGACACGAGAAGGCUUAGAUAAGUUUCUUAAGGCAGCUAGUUCUGAUCCAGAAACUGUUCUUCAUUAUGAAUUCAUGCAAGAUUACAAGGUUCACCUGAAGCAUUUAGAUGGUCAUAUUGAGGAGGUUCCAUAUUUCUGCCUACCAGCAAAUGAGUUAACUGAUGUGAUUGCUCCUUCCUGUUAUAGCUGUUUUGACUACACAAAUGGCUUAGCAGAUCUGGUCGUAGGUUACAUGGGUGUCCCGAAAUAUGCUGGAAUAAGCAUGACUCAACAUCCACAAUAUGUCACUGUUAGGAAUGAACGUGGAAAGGAGAUGCUAGACCUGGUAAAAGAUCUUUUGGAAGUUACCCCCACAAGUAGUCAGGGCAACAGGCGUCCAUUUGUCAUGGAAACUGUAAAGGCAGAUGAUAAUGCUAAGUUAGGGAAAGGUCCAUCCCAGACAGUGCCAAUAUUUGUUGGCAACUUAAUAGCUUUUAUUUUAAAUCUGAUUGGGCCUAAGGGUCUUGAAUUUGCUCGUUAUUCCUUGGAUUACCACACUAUCAGAAACUAUCUUCAUGUAAAUCGUGCUUGGGGGAAACAAAGAGCGGAUAGGCACAUGCCGUCAUAUGCAAAGAAACUAGUGUCUAUGUACAACCACAAGGGAGAAAUUGAUCAGAUGCUCUCUGCUAAGUGAUGAACUUCAGAGCCAGACCGUGGGAUAGAAUUUAUUUCCAUGUAUGUCAAACAUGUACUUUGAUAUGAUUUUGUUUAGGCCCUGAUGUUGGUAUUGUGUAUACAGUUGAAAAGGGUCUUUCUUGUCAUGCACAGGCAUAUUGCUUGCACUUUUUAUAAUUCUACAUUAUUAAGAUGUGGGAUCAUUGCCAGCUUCAGGAGUAAGAACAUCAAUGUCUAUUUGGAGACACAACUCACUAUAUUCUGUACUUGUAAGAGAGAAGCCAUACAUUGUUCUU